AUGGCUCUGUUUCAGCGCAUCUUGCUCUGUCGCGAUGUACGUACCGCCUUCUUGGAGACUGGGGCCCUGUUGCUUGCAUUACCGUUUCUCGGUCCGGCGGGUGAUCGACCCGGCGCCAGCCACGAAGCUGAACAGUUGCGCAUCAGUCUACUCAGCCUAUUGGCAACGGCAGCUAGGAAGCUGGAGUUGCAUGAAAUGGAACGGUAUAUGCUGCAGAUGCCGGCUAGCAGCACAUCCUUCGACGAUAAAGAAGAAGACACCUCUGAUGCCUCUGAGAGGGGCUCACCUGCUAAAGACUCACCAUUACGCCAAGGUGCCCAAUUCAAAAGUAACCUGUUGCAAGGCUUAUUUAUUUUCACUAACGUCAUCAUGCUACUUAAAUAG